AUGAUGGAGAAUCAAGAGAUGAUUGAGAAAGUGGCAGUAGAAGAUCAAAAAUCAAUUGAAAGGACCUUGGAAUCGACAAAUCCAUUCAAACAUGACAAACGAAAAUGUACGGAUGUGAUGGUUUUAAUCUUAUUUCUUUUCUUUUGGAUUGGAAUGUUGAUAAUUGCUGGAAAUGGCUAUCGACAUGGAAAACCUCAGCGACUUCUUUAUGGAACAGAUUGGAUGGGACGAACAUGUGGUGCUUCUAGUGACGAGACGAAGUAUGUACCUGCUUAUGACUUGACAAAUUACAAAUAUUUGCUUUAUCCUCGUCUUUUUGACGAUAUGAAAGCACUUGUUGCUGCUGGGUAUGAUUCUCAACAACUUGUACAUCCUUCAACGUUUCGAAAACUCUUUGGUGUAUGUGUUUCAGCUUGUCCAGUUCUUUCAAAGAAAACGCUAUAUGUUCAUGCAUACAUUGACUAUAGAAUACAAGGGAAUCCAAUUAAUGAAGAGGAAGCAAGUGCUGUGAAGAAUGAGUAUUUGAUUGCUGGAUCACCGUGGAAAGUUGAGAUGAAUACAACCAAUGUUUUAUACCGUUGUGUCGCACUCACGAAGGUUGAAGUGAUUCAACAUGUACGAUGUAUUGACAAGUGUACAGAUCAGGAAGUCGAAAGAUAUCAAAAUGGAUCAGUAAAUACAUUAACAUGUGGAAUGGACAAUGAAAAGAAUCCAUUCAUCAAUUGUGGAGCUCAAUCAUGCAAUGACGUGAUCACAGCUGUACGACCAAGUUGUAAAAGCUCGGAAACGAUGCGAGAAGAGCGAGAGAUUGGAACGACAAUUCAAGAUCCCGUGACUCAAAUGAUCAGUCGAAGAUGGUUUCUCUUGGUUCGAUGGCUUGGAGAUUUGCAAAAAGCUGCUGUUCCUGUUUUGAUCUGUGGUGGUCUAAUUGCUCUCAUCCUUGGUUUUUUCUGGCUUCUUUUACUACGUUAUUGGGCUAGUGUCUUUGUCAUGUACUUCAUAGUACAAGAUUUGAAUCUACAUUGCAUCGAAUGGGAAUGUCGUUCGAAGAUCAUCAAACGACUUAUUCGUAUUCAACUCGCUAUUGGAAUUAUACGUGAAGCAUCGAAAGCAUUACAAUCAAUGCCCAUGUUAACUUUCUAUCCAUUCAUUCCAACGUUUUUUGCUGUCAUUCUUGUAGCCUAUUGGAUAGUCACAGCGACAUUCAUAGCUACAUCAGAUCAUCUUGUCAUUCCAUCUACAUUUCCAGUUAAUGGAACUUUUCUUCAUUAUAACGAUACGACUCAAGUUCAGAUUCAAGAAAAGAAGAAUCGAAAAUAUUUUAUGCUUUAUCAUCUCUUUGGUCUUCUUUGGACUAAUCAAGUGAUUCAAGCUGCAGCUUAUACCACCAUUGCAGGUGCUUUUUGUGAAUACUAUUGGACACGAAACAAGCAAGAAAUACGUCGUCGACCAGUCUUACGUUCUAUAUGGCGAACACUUCGCUAUCACUUUGGUUCUAUUGCAUUUGGAAGUCUCAUCUUAACUUGGGUCCAAAUUCUACGCAUCAUUUGUGCAUACAUGGACGAAAAUCUGAAUCGUUUGAAACAAAUUAACAAAGUAUGGAAAGUCGUUCGAAUGUGUCUACAAGUCCUUCUUUGGUGUUUUGAAAAUUGUCUCAAGUUUCUGAAUAAGAAUACAUUUAUUCUGAUUGCAAUGACUGGACAAAGUUUUGGACCAGCUAUGAAAGAUUCCUUCUUGUUACUUCAGACUCAUGCAGCACGUAUAGCUACCGUCAGUAUUCUUACACGCUUUCUUAUGCUCAUUGGUAAAGUUUUUGUCACGACGUUUUCCAUGCUUUCGAUGUUUCUUUUAAUUCGAUAUCCACCACAUGAAGUUCCAAGAUUCUUAGUGGGAGAUCUUGCAAAUUUGACAAAUCCACUUUUACCAAUGUUACUUGUAGGUCUUCUCAGCUAUACGACAUCUUGUUUCUUUUUUGAUGUCUAUGGUACAGGCAUUGAAAGUAUUUUACUUUGUUUCUGUAAAGACUGUCAUGUAAACAAGACAUCACAAGACUUUUAUAUGACAAAAGAUCUGGUAGCAUUUCUUGACGGACCUGCACAGUCAAAUGCUUUUACAAAGUACAAGAAUCGUAUUCAAUGUACUGACGAUCAAAUGAUACAAAAAUUUCACUCGAUUAAGAUUGAAAACUGA